AAGAGAAAGCAAAAGAAGAACGAUAACUCUCUCUAUCUCUCUCUCUAUUCCCAAUGAUUCGAGGAUCGCUUCUGGGAAUCAUCUGGAUGAUAUGUUGUGUUUGCACGUCACUCCAACAAGAGACAACGUUCGUCUACAACGGCUUCGACCAAGGAGAUCAUCGUAUUCAUCUUGACGGUGGUGCAAGAAUCCUUCCAAAAAAUGAUGUCCUGCAACUCACGAAUGAAACAACAACGCAAAUAGGUCGUGCUUUCUUCGAGCAGCCUAUUGAGUUCAAACCAUCUGAACCAGUCUCGUUCUCAACGCAUUUUGUGUGUGCGCUGGUCCGUGUAGGUGAUGUGAGUGGCCACGGCAUGGCCUUCUUUGUGUCUCAUUCCACUGAUUUCGUAGGCGCCGAACCAACUCGAUUCUUCGGGCUUUUCAACGCCAAUGGAGCUGCUUCGACACGUGUGUUGGCUGUUGAGCUUGAUAUAUCCAAAGCUCCAGAUGUGCUCGACAUCAGUGACAAUCACGUUGGGAUUGAUGUGAACAGUGCAAAGUCUGUGAAAGCUGAAAACGCUUCUUAUUUUUCAGACAGAGAAGGUAGGAAGAUAGACAUGAAUCUCUUGAGUGGAGAUCCUAUCCAGGUUUGGGUUGAUUAUGUAGGAACAACACUCAACGUUACAAUUGCUCCUCUUGGAAACCAGAAACCAAGCCGACCUCUUGUGUCAUCACCCUCCAUCAAUCUCACAGAGAUAGUGAAAGGCAGAAGGAUGUUUGUCGGGUUUUCGGGUGCAACCGGGUCCAUCAUGGUCAACCAGUACUUACUCGGGUGGAGUUUUAGCAAAAGCAUGGGGUCGCUGCAGAAGAUUGACAUCUCAAAGCUUCCCAAAGUUCCUCACCCUAGCGAUAAAAACAAGUCUUCAUCUACGGUGCGCAAUGCUCUGUUGGGUUUAAUAGCUUUCUUAGUUUUGGGGCUUCUCUUUGGAGCUUAUAUGUAUAGGAGAAACUUGUACGCCGAAGUAAGAGAGGAAUGGGAGAAGGAGUAUGGUCCUCUCAGGUAUUCCUACAAAUCUUUAUACAAAGCAACAAAUGGGUUCAGUAGAGAUGAAUUUCUUGGGAAAGGAGGUUUUGGUGAAGUCUACAAAGGAACACUCCCUCGGAACAUUGAGCUGAGAGAAGUGGCUGUGAAGAAAGUAUCACACGAGGGUGAGCAUGGUAUGAAACAGUUUGUCUCUGAGAUCGUGUGCAUGAGGAGUUUAAAACACCGGAGCUUGGUUCCACUUCUUGGGUAUUGCAGGAGGAAACAUGAGCUAAUACUAGUCUCUGAGUACAUGCCAAAUGGUAGCCUUGAUCAUUACUUGUUUAAUCAUGAUAGACCUACUCUCCCCUGGCCGAGAAGAUUUGCGAUUCUCAAAGACAUUGCGUUGGCUCUUAGUUACUUACAUACAGAAGCUGACCAAGUUGUUAUACACAGAGAUAUCAAAGCUUCUAACGUUAUGUUGGACGCAGAUUUCAACGGAAGGUUGGGAGAUUUUGGUAUGUCGAGGUUAUAUGACAGAGGGACUGAUCCAACCACGACAGCUGCAGUUGGAACUAUUGGGUACAUGGCACCUGAGCUUACAACAAUGGGACCUUCCACUGUGACUGAUGUAUAUGCAUUUGGUGUUUUCUUGCUUGAAAUAACUUGUGGGAGGAGACCUGUGGAGGCUGGCUUUUCGGGUGCAAAACGUUUUCUUGUCCAAUGGGUUGGUGAAUGCUGGAGACGGUCUUCUUUGCUUGACGUUGUGGAUCCAAGGUUGACAGAAUUCUCAUCCCAGGAAGUGGAGAGGGUUCUGAAAGUCGGUUUGCUAUGUGCAAACCUUGCUCAAGAAGCAAGACCCUCCAUGGAACAAGUGGUGCAAUACGUAAAUGGAAACUUAGCCUUGCCAGAGUUUUGGCCAUAUUCUCCCGGAAUUGGAGUUCUCACUCCAACGGCGUUUUCACAAGCACAGCUCAUGGUCCCUUCACUCUCAUUAUCUUCUUCAUCAUCCAACAACUCUAUGUUUAUUACUCAUUCACUCCUCUACGGGAGUGGACGAUGAAAGUUUCUAACAACUUUACGUAUCUUUGGCAUCUUGUUAUUAACUCUGGUUUUGACCAUUUCCAUUAUAUAUUUGUUUGAUCUUAUACUCACACCAUGUUCUUCUUGGCAUUCUCCAUCAAGUUUGACCUGUAGAAAGAUGAAAAAGUUCUUGUACCUACUUUACUAAAUACAUUGAUAAUUGGUUGUUGUCA